UAUUUUGUUUUGAUUUCAGGCCGUCCCUUUAAAAAAUAGUCACAAAAUGAAAAAAAAAGAAAAGAAGUGUGGACCCGUUGAAGUUGGAACGCGAGUGGUAGGGGGCGCUGUCGUACCCUUAUGAAGUUAAUACUACUACAAAUUAAGGAGGGGAAGAAGCGUGUUGUUUACGCCUAUGCUACAUGUAAGAUGGCUACCGGAGAGAACAGUGGCAGGCCUCCGUGCCUCAACUUCGCCGGCCCGGGUCCUCUGGGAAACAGCCAACCGAGCAACAGCGUUUUCUCUAUGCCGGCUUCCAAUGGCGGAGCGCUGACUUCGGCAGGCGGGGCUCAAAGUGCCGCUCGGCGUUCCAACCCGCAGCUGGGGCCUGGCGGUGUAGACGGCAACGAAGUUGUGACCUCCGGAGCGCCACCGACCCCCCAGGGCUCCCUUCACCCUCCGACUGCGCCGGGUGCGGCCGCCGAUGGGGCCAUGGCAGCCCCGGCGUCCAACAUGGCGACAAUCGCGGCGUCGAACGCUACCCCGGCGGCGGCGCCCGCCGCCACUCCGGCUGCCGCGUCCGUGCUGGUAUACCGAGAGCCGGUGUACAACUGGCAAGCGACAAAGAGCACCGUGAAGGAGAGGUUUGCUUUUCUGUUCAACAACGAAGUACUCAGCGACGUCCACUUCUUGGUGGGCAAAGGAAUGGGCGUUCAGAGGAUACCCGCGCACAGGUUUGUCCUGGCCGUUGGAAGCGCCGUGUUUGAUGCCAUGUUCAACGGGGGAAUGGCGACGACAUCAACGGAAAUCGAGCUCCCUGACGUGGAACCAGCCGCUUUUUUAGCGCUGCUGAAGUUUCUGUACUCGGACGAAGUUCAGAUCGGGCCCGAGACCGUGAUGACCACGCUCUAUACUGCCAAAAAGUACGCUGUGCCAGCCCUGGAGGCCCACUGUGUGGAGUUCCUCAAGAAGAACCUGAGAGCGGACAAUGCUUUCAUGCUGCUCACGCAGGCACGUUUAUUUGACGAGCCUCAACUUGCCAGCCUGUGUCUGGAAAAUAUCGAUAAGAACACCGGAGAUGCUCUCGCCGCCGAGGGCUUCACCGACAUUGACCUCGAUACGCUGGUCGCUGUGUUGGAGAGGGACACUUUAGGCGUGCGCGAGGUGCGAUUGUUUGGCGCGGCAGUGCGUUGGGCGGAGGCGGAGGCCCACAGGCAGCAGCUGCAGCCCACCCCGGAGAACAAGCGCAAAGUGCUGGGCAAAGCCCUCACGCUCAUCCGCUUCCCUCUCAUGACUAUUGAAGAAUUUGCUGCAGGUCCGGCCCAGUCCAGUAUACUGACUGACAGGGAAGUGGUGAGUCUUUUCCUCCACUUCACAGUGAACCCUAAGCCCCGCGUAGACUUCAUCGAUCGGCCUCGCUGCUGCCUCCGAGGGAAGGAGUGCAGCAUCACGCGGUUUGGACAGGUGGAGAGUCGCUGGGGCUACAGCGGGACAAGUGACCGCAUACGAUUCUCAGUAAACCGAAGGAUAUUUGUGGUGGGAUUCGGCCUGUACGGCUCAAUACACGGACCGACGGACUACCAAGUCAACAUUCAGAUUAUUCAUACAGACAGUAACACCGUACUGGGACAGAAUGAAACUGGUUUCAGCUGCGACGGGUCGGCCAACACCUUCCGAGUCAUGUUCAAAGAACCAGUGGAGAUACUGCCCAAUGUGAACUACACUGCCUGUGCUACGCUCAAGGGCCCGGACUCUCAUUACGGGACGAAGGGAAUGCGAAAGAUAACACAUGAGUCAUCAACUACUGGCACCAAGACGUGCUUCACCUUCUGCUACGCGGCGGGGAACAACAACGGUACUUCAGUAGAGGACGGACAGAUUCCCGAGGUCAUCUUCUACACAUAGUCGGUCACCUUCCAGUUUUGUGGUGAUGCUCCAUCAAAUGCGACAGCCCGGAAACAGCGCCAUGGGGAUAGGUGGGUGGGUGGGGUGGGGGGGUCUAUGUCUCGGGGCUCACGUGUCAUAAUGCUGUCCCCUCCAUUUGGUGCGCUGCCGAUGGCCACAUUGGAAGACAAAUAGCCACGAGGCAAAACGUCCCAUUAAUUUGUGCAGUUUGUCCUUAGAGAUCCGCUCGUUCGGUGUGUCUGAAAACGAUGACAGUCGACGACUCCAAAACGAAACAAAAUAACGAGAAGGCGUAGAUUAUCCUUGCUGUGGGUUGCCAACACAAAACAGCUUGACACUGAAUGUUAGCCAAGUUAGUUCAACCAGCAUUUCACAACUUGCGUACACGGCAGCAGGUACCUGUCGCAUCCAUCUUCACAUUUUAAAGGCUUUAUGGAUACUUGGCAUAUUCUGAACUAUAACAGUACCACACAAUAAGCAAGUUUUAGUCACUUCAGUACUUGUGUCUUUGCUUGUUAGAUGCCUAUUUCUAAAAGACCUUUUUUUGGCCUUUGCAUUUUGGGUUGUUUAACAGAUGCACAUUAACUCUUCUUGAUAUGUGUAUAUAUUUUUUUCCUUUUAACUUUGAUGUAAAUAUGUGCACCCAGGUCAGUGUUUGUUUAAUUGUUGUACAAACCUCAGCUCCCACAAAGUUGCUCUGUAUAAUAAUAUCAGUUAAAAAGAUUGAUUUGCAUUUUUUUUGUCCCGAUCCUAUAUUCAGUAGACUUCGGUGCAAAGUUGAACAGAAGGUGCCGCCUUUGGGGAAACCAAAGGCUUUCAGAAAUCGAUCUUUGGAUCACGUUAAUAAAAUAAUAAUUGCCGAAAUACUUUAAAGAAGCAAUAUAUCGGACAUGAUAAUUUGUCAAUGACACAAACUGCUUCUGUGAUGUUCAGUGUGUACUAGAGCCCUGCUUUGAUAUCAGC